CUCAGCUUCUGAGUGUUUUUCUUACCUUCCAUAUUCAAACUCUCCAUUAUUCCUUAAUAUUCUUACAUCUUACGUAUGAAUUUGGUCUGUUCAAUUUAAUUAACUUUUAUUUUAUAUUUGAAUUUCUUGAGAUUGUUGAAAAUGGAAUACACAGACACAUCAUAGUGAUCAGUGAGUGAAUGCUCUCAAUGAAUGCUGAUUGCUCAGCCCCGUAGCCUUCUUCCCUCUCUCUCUCCUCUCUCUCUCUCUCUCUCCUGAAAUUCAGAUUCAACCACACAGAUAGCCAAAUUUGUUUUUGUGUAUUUAAAUUAAUUUUAAAUUAAAUAUAUUAUUAUUAUUAUUAUUAUUUGUUGAUGAGUGCAAGUGGAUAAGAAUUUGUUGUUCUCUUGAUCCGCUCCACUUCUUGAGGGCUUCCAAUCAAUACUCAGUCUCUGCUGCAUUAGUUACAGAGAUCGAUCCGUCUUCAAAUCGGCAGCCAUAGAAAUUCAACACCUAAGCUUUCUAAAUCCCUAAUUUCCCUCCUCCCUCCUUCCAUUUUCACCACAUGUUUCUUCCCCAAUCCAUACUUGGUUUUUUUUUUACAGUAGUUAAUUAAUCCAGUCCAAUUUAGGUUUAAAUUCACACAUUCAACCUGUGUUCUUCUUCUUCGUCGUCGUCGAUUGAAUUGGGGAUUUCUGAUUGAUUUGAUUUGAUUGAUUUGUGUGAUGGAUGAUUACCUACGUGAGAUUGAAGGCAAGGCGGCGCACGAUUGUCGCCGGGAUUCGAAACUGGCAGCGCCGGCGCCGGAGAGGUGUGUGUGGGUGCCGGGGCCGGUCAUCGUCGGCGCCGGACCGUCGGGGCUGGCGGCGGCGGCGUGCCUGAAGGAGCAAGGAGUGCCGUCGAUGGUGCUGGAGAGAUCCAACUGCAUAGCGUCGCUAUGGCAGCUGAAGACCUACGAUCGGCUCCGCCUCCAUUUGCCGAAGCAGUUCUGCGAGCUGCCGCUGAUGCCAUUUCCGGCGAACUAUCCGACGUACCCGUCGAAGCGGCAGUUCGUGGAGUAUCUGGAGGAGUACGCGCGGCGGUUUGGAAUCCGGCCGGCGUUCAAUCAGGGAGUGGAGACGGCGGAGUUCGACCGGAGUUUGGGCUGGUGGCGGGUGCGGACCGCCGCCGGAGUCGAGUGGCUCUGCCAGUGGCUCAUCGUCGCCACCGGCGAGAAUGCCGAGGCCGUCGUGCCGGCGAUCCCCGGGAUCGACGAAUUCGACGGCGACGUCGUCCACACCAGCGGCUACAAGAACGGCGGCGCCUACGCCGGCAAGAAGGUCCUCGUCGUCGGCUGCGGAAAUUCCGGCAUGGAAGUCUGCCUCGACCUCUGCAACCAUAAUGCUACGCCGUCGCUGGUUGUUCGAGAUACAGUGCACAUUCUGCCACGAGAGAUGCUGGGCAGAUCGACUUUCGGGCUGUCCAUGUGGCUGCUAAAGUGGCUCCCAAUCACUCUUGUCGACUGUUUCUUGCUCCUAGCUUCCCGGCUCGCCCUGGGGGACACUUCCCGGUUCGGCCUGAACCGGCCCCGGCUUGGCCCCCUCCAGCUCAAGAACCUCGCCGGGAAGACCCCCGUCCUCGACGUCGGAACCCUACACAAGAUCAAAAAGGGGGACAUCAAGGUAUGUCCUGGAAUUCAGAGGCUAAUGAGGCAUCGAACAGUGGAAUUUGUGGAUGGAACAAGGGACAACUAUGAUGCAAUAAUUCUUGCAACUGGUUACAAAAGCAAUGUACCAUAUUGGCUAAAGGAAAGCGAGAUGUUCGACGAAAAAGAUGGGCUCCCACGGCGGCCAUUUCCGAACACUUGGAAAGGCGAAUGCGGGCUGUAUGCAGUCGGCUUCACGAAGCGCGGACUUCUCGGGGCAUCGAUGGAUGCCAAGAACAUUGCAGAUGACAUAAAGAAGUGCUGGAGAGAUCAAGCAGAAAUGCAUCUUUCUUGGCCACAAUCAUAUUCCUUGCAAAAACCUAAUCACACAUUUUCUGAUAUUAAUUAAUAUUAUUCCAUCCAUAUAUAUAUAUAUAUAUAUAGUUUUCUUGACAUAUAUAUAUAUAUCAUUAGGGUUUGAGCACUUCAAAUUCCCAAAAAUUGAAGAAGUUUUGGGGAUGGAUGGAUGGAUGGAUGAAGAAGAAGAGAAGCAGCUAGGGUUAUGGUGUUCAUGAUUUGAAGAGUCUUUUAUAUAUAUAUAUAUAUAUAUAUAUAAGCUGUACAUACAAUUUUGUAUUAGGGCAAAAUUGAUUUUAGUAUCUAACAUGUAGUCAAGGGUUUGACCAAUCAAUUAAGUUAGAUCUAGUUAGGGUUUGAUUAUUUUUGCUAUUAUAAAUAUAUAUAUAUAUAUAUGUGAGUGUGUGUGUGUGUGGAUUGUGACUUACAAGAGUGUAAAUUAUUUGUGUUUUUGAUCAUGUCAUGUAAUAUUUUUUUAUUAUGAGAAGCUAAUGAAUUAUUCAAGGUCA